AUGGGUGGUGGUACUUCGAUCUGGGCGUCUCCAGAAUGGAGGACAGACCCCCGGGAGAUCUUCAAUGGGCGGCUUUGGUACCUGACGGUGGCGGUCGCCAUGGCUGGCUGUUCCUACGGUUUCGAUCAAGGCAAUAUAGGCGGAGUCCUCACUCUGCCUAGUUUCAAGCGCGCUUUUGGGUUGGAUGUGCUGAGCGAAGAGGAGGCGGAUGCGCGAGCUGGCAACAUCGCAGCCAUGUUGGCUGCCGGUGGUUCAGGAGGCGCGCUCCUCGCUGCUCCCUGCGCCGAUUUCCUCGGACGGAGAAACUCCAUGAUCAUCUUCGGCUUCCUGUUCCUGGUUGGUGCCGCAAUGCAAGAGGUAGCGCAUCUGGGCGUGUUCUACGCCGGCCGAUUGAUCGCGGGGCUGGGAGUUGGCGCUACGAGUAUGUUGGCGCCGCAGUAUCUGGGAGAGAACUCGCCCAAGUCUGUUCGUGGGUCCUUGACGACUACUUACAACUUGUGUAUUAUCUUGGCAUUGAGUUUGGCGUUUUGGACCAACUACGAAGUCUCGCUUUGGUCGACGUCGAGCAACGUGCAGUGGAAGCUAGCAUUGGCCAUACAGCUCAUCCCCGGAGGCUUUCUUUUACUCAUGAUGUUUUUCGUUAUCGACACCCCACGAGCUCUCAUUUCCAAAGGGCAGAGGGAAAAAGGUCUUACGAAUCUCUGUACGCUGCGACAACUUCCAGCCGACCAUCCAUACGUCAUCCAAGAAUUCUCUGAGGUGUGUGCCCAAGUGGAUGCUGAGCAAGAGGUUACAAAAGGAUCCAACUACUGGGUUGUCAUGAAAGACAUCGCCACAAUCCCCAGCAACCGACGGCGCCUUUUCCUCGCCACCACCCUCUUCCUCUUCCACAAGUUCACCGGCACCGACUCCCUGAACUACUUCGCCCCCGAGAUCUUCGAGAUGAUCGGCGUCAAGUCGGGCUCAUUGACAUUACUGACAACCGGAGUGUACGGCCUGGUUAAGCUCGCUACUACGAUCCUCUACGUCGCCUUCAUCGUCGACCGCGUCGGCCGACGUCGCCCCCUUAUGGUCGGUGCCGCUCUCCAGGCAACUGCUAUGCUGUAUAUCGCCCUCUAUGUGCGGUUUGCGAAGCCCGAAUCGACGGGUGGGACGCCGGCGGGCGGCAUUGUGGGGAUCGUCUGGAUCUACAUUUACGCUUUUGGAUGGUCCUUCGGAUGGUCCGUUGCACCCUACGUGGUAGCAGCCGAGAUUUUUCCCGCGCGCAUACGGUCCUUCUCCAUGUCCAUCUGCUUCUUUAUCAAUUGGAUCGUCGACUAUGGCAUUACGAAAGCGACGCCAAGCAUGAUGACCCAUCUUGGCUGGGGCACUUUCUUGCUAUACGCCAUGCUGACAUAUAUCGGCGCUAUUUUCGUGUACUUCUGCAUGCCUGAGUCCAAGGGAAGAAGUAUAGAAUCGAUGGAUGAUCUAUUCCAGAAUUCCAUCUGGACCAUGUUCCGUCAUGCGUACCCGACCGAGGAGGAUAAGAUUCGUCAUGAUGUGCAGGAUAAGUUUGUGCAGAAAUUGGCUGGUGAGGAACAUGGUGCGAAAGAGCCCGAGUCGGUGACAGUUCAUGCUGAGAACAGAGCGUGAGCGAUUGGUGUGUAUUUAUAGGGGGAGGAGGAAACGCUGCUGGUGGCUCGGUGCUUUAUAGCAAGGUAUCUAGGUAAUUACAG